AUGAACCCCGUCGACGCGGCCGUUGAUGGAUCGCAGGCCUCAGAUCCCCGUGGCGAUCGCCUUGGCGGUGGUGCGUCCCCCGUCCCGGGCCGUAGGUGCUUUGUCACCAUCGGUGCCACGGCUGGGUUCCGCUCCCUCGUCGAGGAGGUGAGCACCCCUGCGUUCCUCGCGUGCCUCGCGGCACACGAGUUCACCUCUUUGGAGGUGCAGUGCGGGCCAGACUUGGCCUUCUUUGAGCAGCGGGUCGCCAGUCUCAGCGACGAGGAGAUGUGUGGCGUGCUUGUCCACGCGUUUGACUACACGGGCGACAUGCACGCCCACAUUCUCCUCUGCCGCGGCGAGGCCGGGGCUCGUCCGGCGGGUUGCGUCAUCUCUCAUGGUGGCACGGGAACCAUUGGAGAAGUGCUUGGUGUCGCGGCCCCACUGAUUGCGGUCGCCAACCCGACGCUCAUGGACAAUCACCAGCUCGAGCUAGUUGAGGAUCUUGAGGAGCAGAAUCUGGUUGUCCACGGGCAGAUUGGUUCACUCCCCGCCGCCAUCCAUCGCAUCGUCCAGCUCAUCCCCCAAGGCACGUUAGAUGAUUUGCCGCCGUAUCAGCCACCGCCGUUUCCUGUUGCCGCUGCCGACCGUUUUACGCUCUUCGAUUGGAUGGUACUAACCUGCUACCCAGAGGAGCUUGCCGCCCAGACGCGGGCCCUGGACCUGGGGGAGUCCGCAGCCGAGUCUGCGGCCCAUCAACAGCAGCAGCAACAGCAGCAACACCUCGUGGGCACGGAGAGCGCGCGUGCCAGCAGCCGGGAGGACGACGCUCUCCUCCAGCUCGAUUAG